GAUGAUUUAUAAAUCUUCUCGCAUUCUUUCUGCAUUAGAAAGUUAUUUGAUAAACUAGAAACAUUGCGAGAGUUCAACUAGCUACUGCUAGUAAUUACGAAUCCUAUGAAUGCUGAUAAAUAUUGGACCGAGUCGUCAUAUCUCCAUUUUACAGAUCAGACGAUUCAACGGCAUCGUGAUUAGAACCUUUUGAUUUACAAUUUAAUGAAAAAUCAUAAACCAUGAGAAAUAGCGCCCCCAAUCUCAUGUUUUCUGAUUUAAGAUGGCUUAUUGCAGUUAGUAAGUUUUAGCACGUCACGACAUGUUGAUUUUACAGGUUGUUGCUCAUGUCUCAUGCGGCAACACUGCGAUUGGGGGUGUAACAAGGAAUUUGGUUUGGAAUUCCACCUUAAGAGAAAAAGUUACAAAGUGGGAAGUUACAAAAUGGAUAUCAGGUGAAUUGCCAGUAAAUUGAUGGCUGCGUUAAAGUUUUAUAAGCGUUGUGACCGAAAGCAUGGGAACAAUGGCGGAUUUAAGGAAAAAGUCUGUAAACGUUACAAGGGGACCAUUUUUAACACUUGUUAACAUGUUCGCGUAUUUUAACGAAUCCCGAUUAUGUUGAAUCUGACGACUAAUAAUUAAAUUCGCUUUCGAAAUUUCUGUCUUUCCCAUUUGUAGCUUUUAAAAUUAUCGCUCCAAAUAAAACCAAUCUUAGGUUGCGUUCGGAAACACACUGUGUGCAUACCAACACACAAUAACCGUUCGGAAACACGUUAGUGGUACUUAAUGUGCAUUCGGGUGAAUCGUUCGAAAACGUUGAAUGAGUACCACCAGUGUGCCACGAAACCACUCGCCGAAAAAGCAAGGGGAGUCAGUGUGAUUCAAGAGUAACGUUUUCGAACGUAACCUUAGAAUGGCAAAGAUAUUCACUAGGAAAAAUAAAACUGCUUAGCUUUGAAAAUUAUAUACAAAUCGCGAUAUAUGAACCUACAUACAUUUAUAAAUUUGCAUUUGUCGUAUAAUGUAGCAACUGAUAUGAGUACAUAUUUUGUAAUUAUAUAAUACUUAGAAGUGCGUGCGCCAAAAAAUUCCUGAGAUUCCUAAAUUGAAAUUAAAAAGAUUGAUCGUGGGACAAGGAGAUCGAAACGCGAAGACAAUUAGAUUUUAGUGUCACUAUAGAUUGUCCGGAUGACACGAUCGAAAUCAAAAUAUCCAUCAACGCACAACCAAAACCGAACGUAGCCUUAAUCAGCCAGAAAAUGAAACGUAGCUUGUUGAUACUUCUCAUUCCGUUUAUGUUCUUUGAUAGUAGAAUUAGUACCUAGUCUUUCACGAUUUUAUGCGUUACACGCCGCCCCGGGUUACUUUAAAUGUUAAAUAAUUUUUUGGGGGGCUCUUCGGGCCGGGGCGGUGGGGGCUGGUCCGCAAAUGUCGAUUUGCUAGGCAAGCAAAUGGUUGUUGUUCAGACACACUUCGGACGAAUAGCGAACGAGGCGCGAACAUAACAUGCGUUGUUUCAUAGCUUGAUAAAUCAAAUUAUGUAAUGAUAUCACGCGCUAUUGUAUGUACGCGUAAAAAUAAAAUUGCAAUAUCGUAACACAUUCGAUUAAAUCAAUGAAGUAUUACGCAAAUAAAAAUUCGUUAGGAGAAAGAAUCGAGUAGGGAAAGAGAUCACGAGAAAUGAUAUCUUGUUAAUCAAAUCUUGUCGGAAAAAAGAUUAAUCAUUAUUUCAAUAAAUUGAAAGGUUUGUGAAACUUUCAGAAACUCAAAGUCGCAUGCCUUUUCUAAAUAUAAAUUUAGCGUCAUUUAUAGUUUUUAUUGGAAGUGCGUCGACAUCUGUGCAAAAAGUUUUACCGUAACGUGAAGUUUAAAAAAAGUAUAAUAAGCGGAAAAAGUGAAAUCUGCAAGAUUAGUUCUGGUGUUUCUACACCGACUAGAAUGGAUUCCUGCUUUAUAAAUAGUUGGCGAAAAUAAUUUUUCAUGUGCAUCUUCUGGAAAGAAACUUCUCUAAUCAACAGGACUUUCUAUAGAAAUCAGUGUAGGAUUUUGGCUACUGCAAUCUGUCCACUUGCUCUAUCUGUAAAGUGACAACGUGAACAUAUCUACAAAAUUAAUGCCAGAGAAGUGCAACUUACCACAAACUUAUGACAGAAAGGCUGAAAGAUAUUAUGGACUGUGGAGAUAAAACCUGAAGGUUUGGUCUACUCCAGUUAGUAGUCAUGCAACGUACAUUCAGUAUAGAAUGAACGCCAGCCAGCGUGCAUUAUGCUCAAGUUUUCACAAUUCCGGCGUCUUGCAUUCGUUCUGCUCAUCACUGUGACAAUUACAAUUUUCUGUAAGUUGUUACUGGCUCCAAUCUUUUUUACUUCUGACAGAAGAUCUCCCGUUUUUAAAAAUGGACAGACAUCCAUAACAAAAGAAGAAAAAGAAAAACUUGGUAAUCCUGAAUGGUGGAAGUUUUUCUUUCGUUCAAAGAUACUUAACGAACAGUUGAUGAAAAUGACAACUUUGGACGCGCAUCUUCUGGAAAGAGGCUUCACCAAUGAACAGGUAAAGAAUAUAUCUGCACUCGGGAAAUGGCUUCUAGCGCCUGAAGGAAGUCCACCGCCAGACUCCAAUGCCACUAACGGAAGCUAUUUAAUCCUGAUCUGGAAGCAUGGUUCAUUUCUGGAGCGCAGACACAUCAGACGCUUCACAUUCAACAAGUUUUCGCCGUGGGACCAGUGUUCAGUGCGGGAUUGCAUACUGAGUUAUGACGAGAAGGAUCUGCAUCAAGCAGACGCCGUGGUGUUCCACUUGCAUCGUACGAAGAGCCCGUCGGAACUACCGGUGAGAAGCCGUGUGGAUCAAUGGUGGAUCUUCCUGACGGAUGAAUCGCCAUUCCAUACAUUUUUGCACAACCGUCAGAAAUUGUCUGAUUACGACGGUCUGUUCAACUGGUCGAUGUCCUAUCGCAUGGACAGCGACGUACCGGUUCCUUACGGACGAACGGUGCGAAUUUCCAGCGAUGUCUCGAGUCGAGACGCCGUCGUGGGGACUUCGAAGACCAAACUGGUCGCCGUAAUGGGCAGCAAUUGCGGUGGUCGUAACGGACGAUGGUCUUACGUGAAGGCGCUGAAAUCGUCGCUCCGCGACGACCUCGACGUCCUCGGAAGAUGCCUGAAUGGCAACAGCACCGUCUGUCCAGGUCACUUCGACCGUGACUGCGCCGCCCUGAACGCGUACAAGUUCUAUCUGUCGUUUGAGAACUCCAAUUGCCGGGAAUACUUGACGGAGAAGGUGUUCUGGCAAGCGUACAACAAAUUCGCAGUCCCGAUAAUAAUGGGAGCGUCGCGGGAAGACUGCCGGCGAUUGUUGCCGCCGCACUCCUUUCUUCAUACGGACGAUUUCGCUGGCGCAAACGCGCUCGCCGACUAUCUCAGGUAUCUGGACCGCGACGAUGAGCAUUACCUCAAGUAUCACGAGUGGCGCGUUCGCUACCGGGUGAUUAACGAGCACGGCUACUUCGGCAGCAUGUCCAAGCACUACUGUCGCAUCUGCGAGGCGCUACAUUAUAAUUCCGCUGCACCGAAAGUUUACACAAAGCUUGAACACUGGUGGAGCAAGGACAGAGACUGCGCUCCAGCGACCGCUUAAGUGAUUAUCUAAGACAAUCUAGUCUUCGCGAAAUGCAGAUGAAAUUCAGUCAGUGAAAAAAUUUAUUAAGAUUUAUUUUUUAUAAUAAUUAAAAUAUAGGAAUCUUAUGGUUUGGUCGUACACAGUAUAUGUAAAUUUAUCGAAAAAUAUAUUUAAUAUUAAAAUUA